AGAGGGGGGCGUCACGUGGCGGAGCGCGCGGGGACGUGGAAUGGCGCUGGCGCUGGCGCUGGCGCUGAGGCUAUGAGAUUCGGACAUUCUGAUGAAACAUGCCGAAAAUAAAAUUAAAUGGCAUCACUGUGGAUUUUCCAUUUCAACCCUACAAAUGCCAGGAAGCAUACAUGUCCAAAGUGCUGGAGUGUCUGCAAAAGCAGGUGAAUGGGAUUUUGGAGAGCCCCACUGGCACUGGGAAGACAUUAUGCCUCCUUUGUUCGACCCUGGCUUGGCAGGAGCACUUCCGAGAUGCAGUCUCUGCACAGAAGAUAGCCCAGCAACUAAACGGAGCAGAACUCUUUCCUGACCAACCGCUGUCCUCCUGGGGGAGUGUUGUUCAAGGUGCUCCCAUCCCAGCUUAUUACACUGACGUUCCCAAAAUAAUUUAUGCCUCCAGAACUCAUUCCCAGCUUACUCAGGCCAUUGGUGAAUUAAAGAAUACAAUUUACAGGCCAAAAGUGUGCGUUUUGGGUUCCAGAGAGCAGCUUUGCAUCAAUCCUGAGGUUAAACGACAGGAAAGUAAUCAUAUGCAGAUCCACAUGUGUCGAAUGAAGGUAUCAAAUCGCAUGUGCCAUUUCUAUAACAAUGUGGAAGAGAAGAGCACUGAGAAAGACCUGAUCAACCCCAUAAUGGAUAUUGAAGAUCUUGUGAAAAAUGGAAACAAGCACAGAGUUUGCCCCUAUUACCUUUCCCGGAAUCUGAAGCAACAGGCAGACAUCAUUUUUAUGCCUUAUAACUAUUUACUGGACUCAAAGAGUCGAAGAGCACACAACCUGGACUUGAAGGAGACUGUGGUCAUACUUGAUGAAGCUCACAACGUGGAGAGGCUGUGUGAGGACCUGGCAUCGUUUGACUUGACUCCCUAUGACAUUGCUUCAUCUAUAGAUGCCAUUAACAUGGUGUUGGAAGAACAAGCCCAACAAGUUCAGCGGAAUGAAAUCAACCCUGAAUUCAGUAUGGAUCCCAGCAACUCAGGACUAAACAUGGAGCUUGAAGAAAUAGCAAAGAUAAAGCAGAUUCUUCUUCAGCUGGAAAACACUAUCGAUGCCAUAGAGCUACCAGCAGGCGGCAGUGGCCUCACUAAGGAUGGAAGCUACAUAUUUGAGCUGUUUGCAAGUGCCCAGAUCACAUUCCAAACCCAGAGGUGUCUCCUUGAGUCAUUGGAACAAAUAACGCAGUAUUUAGCGGCAGUCCGUAGUGGGAUUUUCGUCAACACGGCUGGAUUGCAUAAAUUGGUAGACAUAAUCCAGACUGUUUUUAACUUUGAUUCAUCAGGAGGAACAUCUAACUCCACACCAUACUGCUCAGCAUCUAAGCAUUAUAAGGUCCACAUCCACCCAGAUGUAAAUAAUCAAAAAAGGAAGCAGAGAACAGACCUGUGGAAUUCAUCAGUUACGAAAAAACAAGGAAAGGUCUUGAGUUACUGGUGCUUCAGUCCUGGAUACAGCAUGCACGAGCUGGUCCGCCAAGGUGUCCGUACCAUCAUUCUGACUAGUGGGACCCUCUCCCCUAUCUCCUCUUUUACCAUGGAAAUGCAGAUACCAUUUCCAGUUUGCUUGGAAAAUCCACAUGUUAUCGAAAAACACCAGAUUUGGGGUGGGAUAAUCCCUAAAGGACCUGAUGGAGGUAUGCUGAGCUCCACCUAUGAAAAAAGGUUUUCAGAGGAAUGUUUGUCUUCACUUGGGAAAACUAUAGGAAAUCUUGUUCGGAUCAUACCACAUGGGUUGCUUGUAUUCUUUCCUUCAUAUCCUGUCAUGGAUAAAAGCCUGGAAUUUUGGAGAGAACACGAUUUUGUGAAAAAAAUAGAAGCAGUGAAGCCAGUUUUUGUAGAACCAAGAAACAAAGGGGCUUUCUCAGAGGUCAUAGAUGCAUAUUACAAGAAGAUUGCCUGUCCUGAAUCAAAUGGUGCUGUAUUUUUUGCUGUGUGCCGGGGAAAGGCCAGUGAAGGUUUGGAUUUCGCUGAUAGAAAUGGGCGGGCCGUCAUCAUCACAGGCCUCCCAUUCCCCCCUCGCCUGGACCCCAGGAUCAUCCUAAAGAUGCAAUUCUUGGAUGAGAUGAGAGCAAAAAGUGUCGGUGGGCAGUAUCUGUCCGGGAAUAACUGGUACAGGCAGCAGGCGUCUCGCGCAGUAAACCAGGCCAUUGGCAGAGUCAUCCGGCAUCGGCUAGAUUAUGGCGCCAUCUUCCUCUGUGACCACAGGUUUGUGAGUACAGAUUUAAGAGCCCAGCUGUCUUCCUGGGUCCAACCUUAUAUCAAAGUUUAUGAAAAAUUUGGGCAUGUGAUCAGAGAGGUGUCUCAUUUCUUCCGUACGGCACAACAAAGCGUGCCGGUUCCGAUGCCUCCCUUUCCUUCUUGCGCUGCUGUGGAAGAGGACAGAGAUACUUCAUCUUCUGCUUCGCAGGAGCAAUUGCUUUCUGGAAGAAAAGCCAGCUGCUUAGAUAACCACAUGCCCAGUUUGAAAAGGAAGAGGACGGAGAACGGAACAGCCAGCCUAUGUGUAGAGUAUGAUCAGGGUCCGACCUCCUCAAGAAGGCAGCCUGUGGGCCUCCUGGAUGCCUUGGAGCUCAACGAGAGGAAGUCUGGGGAGGCAGAUGAGGAAGACGGCUUGCCCGGAGAAGAGACGGCAAAGCGUUUAUCAACUUUAUCCCUCCAGUAUGAGAAAAGACUUCUGGAUGAACAGAAAGGAAACAAGAAGAAGCUCAAGAUAAUUACCCAUCUGCAAGUACCUGAUCCCUCAGAGCCCAAGAAAGCCAGGGCAGCGUCCUUCAUUGCUGUAGUGAAGCAGUCCCUGAGCCAGCUGAACUUUGACACCUUCUCAAGGGCUCUCCAGCAGUACAAGAAUACAAACGACUUCGACGCUAUGUUAUCACAGAUGAGCGCACUCUUUUUGGAAGACCAGAAGAAGCACGUUCUGCUGCGAGAGUUUUACCAGUUUGUUCGGCCGCAGCACAAAAAGCAGUUUGAUGAAGCUUGCUGCAGCUUGACUGGAGUGGGCUGUGGCUACAAGCCUGAGCACAGUCUUCUGCAGGAGGAGAGGCUACUGCUAGCAAAGAGAGCAGGAAAGCAAUGUGAGAAGACAGUCAAGACUUCAUCUGUCCAGCUUGACUCCGAGCAGCAUUUGAACAGAGGAGGAUCAUACCUGAUGUCUGAGUCAGGUGCCACAGGAGGAAGCUGUGCCGCCGAGUCCGAUGAGCCCUCCAGGAAACCCCCCAGCUCUCUAAAGGAGACUCAGAGUCAGAUAAUUCGGUCAGCCUACCUCAGUGACCUCAGGACAGCUCUGGACAAAAGCAGUUUUGACCAGUUCUUUUCCGCGCUGUCAGCCUACAAGAGGACAGAUGACUAUGAUGCCCUGGUGCCCGUGGUAGUGGCCCUCACCACCGAAAAGCCAGAACACCUUCAUUUGCUCCAAAGGUUCUCCAUGUUUGUGCGUCCCCAUCACAAGAACCAGUUCAAACGGAUGUGCAAAGAGCUGACUGGAAUGAAUUGCCCAUGUGAAAGCAAGGAGGUUUUCUUGCCAGCGCAGAAAGGGCUUGGAUUGGGAGGCCCUGUGGAAGAGAGUGGAAUUCAGGAUAAAGCUGCCAGCGCGAUCCCAGGCUUGUACGGGAGCAAGGAAGGGGAAAAGUUUCAAAGAACAGCCUCUCCUGCAAGUGACUCGGAAACACAGAAAACCGAGGGGGGUCCCAGCAGUUCUCGAGCCCCAACAAAUUCUGACAGCCUACCUAUCUCAGCCGUAGGUGGAGGAUUCCUGUGUGUAAAAUGCGAAUCUGACGGUGGUGUGCCUUUAAAGUGCCAGUUGUGUGCCUUCACGUGUUGCAAAGCAUGCUGGGAGAGUCUCCUAAAGGUUGCCAAGAAGUGUCCAAGAUGCCAAGCUGAUACCAAGAGAAGGCAUUUGGCUCUGUCGUACUGGCCUGAUCCCCAGUGAGAGACAUGGGACAUGGACAGUGCCUGCUGCGUAACCCCGGACAUACUUAGCCAGCCUGUGGGAAGGAAUCAAAGUCCACUUUUGCUCUAAUCAAACAUUUUCUAUUCCGGACUGCUUUGCCUCUCUCUGUCGCCUUCCUCUUUGCUGAAGUUUGUCUGUCAUCAGAACUCCAGUGCACAGGGGAAGAUGAGAGAAAGCGGGACAGUCUUUUGGAUUACAAUUACCCAGCUAUUUUAAAGCACGUAACACUUUUCUAGUUUUCGGUCCCUUCAGGAUGACAGUUUAAACCAAAGGAUUACAAUUGGGUCCUUUUCAGUGACGCCAAGUCCUGCCGAUCCUGUUUAUCUUCAGCUUGUUCGAGAAUGUAUCAAAAGGGCUGCAUAAACAUGCCAGCUAUGUGAUUUGGCCUGGACAAACCUUCUUCUCUGCAUAGCUCUCACUCUUCGUGAUUUUGUCAGCAUUGUUCACGUGUUCAUCAUUCAGGAAUUAAUGUAAAGCCUUCAUGCAAUCGAAGCAGCUUGGCCUCCCAUGGGAUGCUUGUAGAAGCGAUGCUGUCAGUUUGUGGGUAGCAAAGAACAACUGAAUUGGUUGCACAAGCUGAGGAGGUCAGGGCUGGCUGCUUCUAGAACAAGAGUUUUUAAAAAAUCAGAUGCAAAACUCCAAAGAAAGUUGAUCAUGUGCUCCUGGAAGGUAGCGUGUGCUCUUGUUUGGCUGAAUGUCGUCUUGAGCCGUCCUGUGUUCAUCCAGGCCUCUAGUCAUCUGUACUUUUUUUUACUGAAGUAAGAAAUUGUGUCAGUGUCCAAAAGUGGAUACUAUGUGGUCUUGAAACUAUUAAAAAUAAAAUCUGUUUGAAUUUG